GGAGAAGGGUGAGUGAAAGAGCAGCUGGACAGGAAGGCUUUGACCCAGCAAAGACAGUGACCAGCCACAGGGAAGAAUUCAAGGUCUCCAUUAGAUCUGCCAUACAAAAGUCCUUGGGUUUCCGGAAUGUUUCCCAGGUGGAGAAUUGCUCAACUGGUGGCUCAGACAAGGAAUUUUGCUACAUCGGCAGCUGCCCAUGAAGAAGGAUCUAGUGCUAGAUUAUGGAAGAUUUUGAGCUUUGUGGUGGCACUUCCUUCAGUAGGCAUCUGCUGGCUGAACGUGCAGCUGAAAAAGAGAGAUCACCCCCAUGAACGUCCUGAAUUCAUUCCAUAUCGUCACCUGAGGAUUCGGACAAAGGCUUAUCCAUGGGGUGAUGGAAAUCACAGUUUCUUUCACAAUCCCCACACCAACCCACUACCCACCGGCUAUGAAGAUGUGGGCAGCCAUCACUGAGACCCUCUUAACCUUUUCUUCUUAUUAUUACUGGCUUCCUCUCUCUUAGUGAGAAGGAGUUACAGCUGUUCAACGCAUCUUUGAGACAGGUGUCUAUCUGUCAAUAAAACGCAUUUCACUGAA